CCUCUUCGACCGAAAUGGAACGCCGCUAGACGACUGACAACACGCUCGACCCAAACCAAUAUGGCGCACCCGAGGAAAUUUGUAGAAAAAAUAGCGAUACAUAACCAACGAAUGGCCGAGGAAACUCGAGCCUUUGAAGAAAUCAUGAAAGAAGUAUCCGUUUUGGGGAGUUCCAUAAAGGCUAAUUCAAGUCAACAUCAUAGAUCUCUUCCCAAUGUGAAUACUAUAGGCUUUGGACAAAAUCAUAUUGACCUCCAGAGAGCGCUCAUGAACUUGGACAAUCUGCAGAGGCUACCAGGACGAAUGGAGCACUCGCCGAUGCGGGAACGAAGGUUUACGGCACCUAGAUCGACGCCAUUUCCAACAAAGCGAAAUUCAUUUGAUCCCUCUCCUUAUCAUACAGCCCCUCCGUACCAUCUCACACCACCACAGAUGGAUCAAGGGCAGAACUGGAGAAGAGCCAUUUCGGACUCAUCUCUACACCAAACUGUCAUGGGAGGRUCUCAUCAACUUAAAGAAAUUGAUAUCAACAAAAUGGGUGAAAUUAAGAGGGCUGGGAGUCCACAGAAUAGGCCACGCUCAUGUGAAGUCCCUGGUAUAAAAAUGUUUCCAACAUCUGAGCAAGCUUCACCAUUGAGCACACCUCAGUUGGCUAACACUGGCUCAUUGCCAGACUUAACUAAUCUCCACAUACCGUCCCCGCUUCAAACGCCAAUUGACACUGAAGAUACUCAAAUGAACCAGACCGCAUCUCCACCUCAUUAUCCAACAUCACCCAGACCAACGAAUGUUCGAAGGCAUUCCCCAGUACUGGAGAAACAGCCAUUUCCACCUGCAAUGCCAUACAUGGACCAAAAUAUCUCACCUCUCGAGUUACGGUUACAGCAAUUUCAACCAUAUCAACAGUCACCGUCAAGUAGUUCUGACAUUUCCAGUCAGUUUGGCUCACACUGUACAACUGUGUCAUCACCUACUAUGUCUCCAACAGCACCUCCGAUCAUGUCACCUCUGUUUAAAAACUUUCCAACGCAAAUGACAAAUGAUUCGUUGAAGCAGCACCAUCCAAUGAACAACUCAGUUCACCAACAGAUGCCACCGGAUUCCAUUGGAAUGGGCUUUGCCUAUGCAGGAGGUAGUCUUCCUCAAAGACUUCAUUACCCUUCCCUAGGUAACCACCAACARGGWAUGCAUUCUCCCAACAGCUUUGGUCAAUUUUAUUCUCAGGCUGGUGCACGGGUACCAGAUUUGAUUGUCACCAGUGAAGAUGAGGAAUCACAGAGAUUAGACUUUGCUCGGGAACUCACAUCGGCAAUGGUUAAUGUUGGAGGUGGUAACCCAACAGAUUUUUAUAACAACGAAGAUCCAUUAAAAGUUGAGUUGGGUCAGCUUGACAUGGAGAGCUUACAGAUGUUGUCAGGGCAUAGUGACUCUGAAGUGGCCGACCAAGCAACAGAGGAUCAAUUUCGCUUGGAUAGAAUGUCAGGCUUCUCCAGUACUAUUUUAUGUCGACGAGUUUGCGAUAGAUGCAGAAAGGUCAUUCGGUUUUUCGGUUACCGAUGCAGGGAUUGCAGAUACAAAUGCCACCGAAAAUGUUCGUCCUGCAUUUUGCAGCAAUGCCAAAGCGUACAGUACCAAGCAAAGCAAAUGACAUGCAAGGUUGGAAAAUUUUGGCAUAAACAYCCCAAGGAUAGAAGAAAAUGGCAACUAAACUCRAAAUUUGAUCCAAUUGYCAGCAGAGGUGCAGGAUCAGGUCAUUUAGAGCGUAGUUUGCGACCUAGAAAAUACAUAGACGCAAAGGGGAAAAUCAGACAAAAACUAAUCAACGGAAUCUAUGAUUCUUUCUGCUAUAAUCCACGACAUGGCAUUGAUUUAAAUCCAUCGAAUGAAUCGCAGACUUUUUCACCCAAAGUUGCAAAUGUAACAGUACACCGAAAAAGAGUCGAGCUAUCGCCAUUACAGCAUGAUAUUGACAUUGUUAACGAAAACAACCGCUGCAACCCACAACCCGGAGAGCAAUUUCUACCAUGUCCWAAUUCUUGGAAACGAACUUACUCUUGGUCAAGUCGACAUUCUGCCAUGACAUCGUUUACAUCGUCCUCAGGGUAUUCCUCAAUGCCAGCGUCAUGUCCAUCCUCUGCAAACUCUCACCGAAGCACAUCGCCUACACCUGAUUUUGCAAAUAUUCGCUCGCUUACUGCGACUUUAGAACGCUGCAGCCUUGAAGAAGGGAUAGAUAUGGACGAAAGGCAUGUUUAUUGGGAGAAAUCGCUACCUUUUAUUCGACUACCAGGAACAUGGCCGCUUUCAAGGAAAGUAAGACAAUCUCACCGAGAAACGAAGAGGAUUUUCUCAGUUGAUGAUUGCCAAUCGACAGACAGAGAAGAGACCAUCACGAACACAGGGUCGUAUACUGAAAGUAGCGACGAUGAUAUUAAGAAAUCGCUAAGAGAAUGGCGGAUUCCUUUCUCGGAUCUUCAGUUCGGUGAUGUCGUUGGAGCAAGUCCUAAAGGUCACGUGUACAAGGGUCGUUGGCAUGGUGAUAUCAUGAUACACACAGUCAAGAAAACAGCUAAAGAAGACUUUGAAGAAUUCUUAAAAGAGGUCUCUCUACUGAGCAUGAUCAGACACGAGAACGUUGUACUUUUCAUGGGUGCUUGUUUAGAGCCACCCAACCUCGCCUUCAUUACUAGUAUCCGAAAAGGUCUUUCACUGCACACUCAUCUCCACGUUCGACACGACUUUUUUCCUCUCUCGACAAGAAUCAGCAUCGCUCGACAAAUCGCUCAAGGGAUGAGUUAUCUCCACGCCAAAGGCAUCGUUCUUCCUCAUUUCAAUUCAAUGAACGUUUUUCUCGAGUCAAAAGUCAAGUUGUGUCUUACCGCGUACUCAGGACGAACAACAGUAGAAAGGCAUGGCUACGUCAGUCUACCACGCGGUCAUCUGACGUAUGUUCCGCCGGAAAUGAUGCGUACUUUAAGAUGGUCUGACGAUGAAAUUAUUUCAUCAGAGGUUCACUCGAUAUCCACUAAUGUGUACGCAUAUGGGACGAUUCUUUACGAGAUUAUGACAGGUCGAUGGCCAUACUCGCUCCACCCUGUAGAGUCAAUUAUUUGGAUGGUUGGCAAAGGCAACAAACAAUGUUUAAGACACACAAAGUGUCCAGAAAAUAUCAAGACUGUUUUAGGUCAAUGUUGGGACGCUGACUGUAAGGAAAGGCCUGAUUUCUCGACGAUUGUGCAGUUCUUCUUGCAAGAAAACUUCCCAGCACAGGAUACCCAUAAAAGAAUUAACGGAAGUUUCUCAGAACCUGAGAAAAUGCAUAUGGUUGGACGUUUAUCAGGAAGAUUGUCCAUACGAUGACCUCCUUGACAGAUUUCUAAACCAGUAAGGUCGCCUUCUAUUCCGGUUUCGAAACCAGAUUUGCGAUCUAUAGCUGCAUCACUCCUAGACAAAAGUGGCCCUGCAUUCAAUUGUCCGGACUGCAGACUGGAUGUCCCUACAGGGUCCCCRGUGUAUGGGUGGUGCUCAAGUUYCUGGGUACAAGAAAUUGCUUCCAUCCAAGUAUCUGCUGAUUUUGGCUCAACAUAUUAACUACCAUGAUGCUUUGCGACCAUCAACUUCAAGAAACGUUUUAUGCAGCCUCUCACUAGUUAUAGUACUAGUCUGAAUGAGUGCGACUGAGUUAUUUGACUGCUCGUCAAUUAGUGAAAGUGACAUGUAGAUAGCUGAAAGAAUUCUUCAAUUAUGAAAACGACAAGAUUAGGUUAAUUUGAGUAUUAUAGUCUCCUUCGUAGCCUCCCCUUUUGUCGGCCUUCCUGUCACUCCCAAGAAGUAGAAAACAGGAAGCCCGGCGAAAGGGGAGGCUCCGAAAGUGAAUAUGAGUAUUUGGGAUGCUUAAAUCUAUUUUAAAACUGACAGAUAUUUAUAUCGACUAUAAUAGCUACAGUCGUUGCAAUUCUGGGUAAUGUUCUCAUGCAACAUUUUUGUAAACGAAGCAAGUUUCAGUUUAUGAUGUUUAUUCCAAUACGGGGUCAAGGUCAAGUUCCAAAAGGGUUUGGUUAUCGGUAUGAGGAUGUAAAUCAGCUUCAUAUCUUUGUUUUUUUGUUUUAUUAUUUCAAUCAUCUUUCCUGCAAUCCAAGUUUUAAAUCUGGAUUCCUUUUUAUCAUAUGGCAGAAGAGAGACUGGAAGCUCAUUGCCAUAUGUGCUUAGGAAGUCUAAAGCAGACCUCGUCUAUUUAUAGGCCCCAGGUCUCUUUUAYAAUGCACUUCGGCCUUAAGAGGUUUGCAUGUGCUUAUUAAAACAAAGCAGGAAGCAGGACUUUCUUCUUUGGAUAAMACAGGUGUGAAAAGCGGCAAUAGUUCUCUAGCUCAAAGCAACAGGUUUGCAAAGCGAGAUGGACAUAUUCGUAGAUAAAUACCGUGUCGUUCCGUACAUCAAUCUCUAAUUUUAUUAGGAUACCUGAGCACACUUUAUAAAUAACACAAGCUUUUGUCGUUUGCAAGAAAACUUCUUUUAAUCUCUUUUAUCUUAGUUUUUGAUCUGCAAAACUAUUUAAGUAAAGUAAAACUUGCCUUGUGUCACUAGUUUUUUAGUUUCAUUUUUAUCGAUGCAAAUUGGACUCGUCUCAUCUUUACCAGGAAAAAAGUGCGUGAUGCCAUCAUGAAAACGUCUUAUUCAGUGGAUUCGUUUCUCAGUUGGCGCAUGCGCUUUUGAUAUAAAAACGGGUUAAUUGUCAAUAGUAAGACAUCCUACCAACCCAAAAAAUCUUUUUGAACAAUACUUUAAUAUCUAGAAGAAGAUAAACAGCGAUUCUAUAAACGAAAAACGCAGAAAAAAAACAUUCUAUACGCAGUUGCUUGCCGCUUUUUACUGACUUUUUGUGAAUAGUUUUAUACCAAGAUGRCGACGAUAUAUAGCUUUUCUAUUAAAAAAGUCGUCAUAUAACUUGUGAUUGCAAAUUUGUAUUCCCUAUUUUUAAUGAGCAUCGGGGAUGAAAAACGCCAAAAAGAGAUAGUUUAGCUGUAAAUAUUGGGUGAGCAAUACUCGCAAAGCAGCUUGUCAUUUAUCGUUCUAAUGUAGACAUCCUUUCUUAAGGAAAAAAUAAAGAUUUAACUGAAUUGAA